UGUGUGUGUGUGUGAUGUUGUGCUGUUGUGCUGUGAGUGACUCCAGAGCUGAUCUGAUCUGGAGUCAGUGUGAGCUGCUGCUGUUCAUGAUGGUGCCGCUGGGGAGGAAUGAAGACAGGACCCGAUACACAACAUUACACACAACUCUAGCCUCUUUAUAACACUGCCCUUUUGGUUUGGGGAUAUUAUUCAUGUUGAUCGGACAGAAGCAGAUGAACUAAUGACUGGAGCUUCAAUACACAGCCGCAACAAAAGCAAGCGUUUGGACACAAACCCAGGACUGAGCUCCUCCAUCAGGAUCAUGGGAGAGAAUGGCCCUCUCACAGAGUCAGCCAUGCUCUUUGAAGACGAGGAAGAGGAUGUGGACAAACUGUGCCGAGACGAGGAAGAAGAGGACAAGAUGGCCAGGUUUGACAAAGAUGACGACAUAAUCUCGGGACCCUCGUCGUCCUCGGGAAGGGUCUAUGAUCGCACCACUGUGCUCAUCGAGCAAGACCCCAUCCGCCUGGAUGAGGAGGGAGAGGAGGACUGCAUGGCCUUCCUGCCGGAUGGAGAGGUCGAGGGAGACGAGGGAUCGCUGGCUUUCAUGGGUGACCCGGAUGGCAUGUCGCAGGGAUACAUACACCACACUAUCUCGCCGGACCAGAUACAGUUCAUCAUUAACCCGGGGUCCACACCUAUGCCACGAAACAUUGAGGGCGCGACGCUGACGCUACACUCGGAGUGCCCGGAGACCAAGCAGAGAGAGGUGAAGCGAUACCAAUGCAUGUUCGAGGGCUGUACGCGCACCUACAGCACGGCGGGAAACCUGCGCACACAUCAGAAGACGCACCGCGGCGAAUACACAUUUGUGUGCAACCAGCAGGGCUGCGGCAAAGCCUUUCUCACGUCCUACAGCCUGAAGAUCCACGUCCGCGUCCACACGAAAGAAAAACCCUUUGAGUGUGAUGUCCAGGGCUGUGAGAAAGCCUUCAACACUCUCUACAGACUGAAAGCACACCAGAGGCUGCACACUGGGAAGACGUUUAACUGUGAAUCAGAGGGAUGCACCAAGUACUUCACCACGCUCAGUGACCUGAGGAAGCAUAUCCGCACGCACACGGGCGAAAAACCAUUCAGGUGUGACCAUGAUGGCUGUGGUAAGGCUUUCGCUGCUAGUCAUCACCUGAAAACACAUGUACGGACACACACUGGAGAGAAGCCGUUUUUCUGUCCGAGCGAUGGCUGUGAGAAGACCUUCAGCUCUCAGUACAGCCUGAAGAGUCACAUCCGAGGUCACGAUAAAGGUCCAACGUUCACCGUGAGCAGUCAUCCGCUGUCAGAGGAUGCGAAUCACUCGCUGUGCCUCAGUGAUUUGAGCCUCAUUUCCACUGACUCUGAGCUCCAGGAGAACCAUAAUAAUUCUCAGGGUUUGGAUCUGAACAGCGUCACCCCCAUACGAAUCUUUGAGCUGAUGUUCCAGAGUCCUGAGAACAGUGUCAGCCAGGACGAGCCGAAACCCACAGAUAACCCCGCAGAGUCUUUUGGCCUGGAGUCGUCUCCUCAGUCAGCCGCUGCAGAUGUGUCCACUCACCCCACUUUCCCUCAGCCCCCUUCAUCCACCUCAUCCCCAUCCUGCUCCAUCACAACCCCUGCACCUGAGGCUCAGACUCCGCCCACAACACUCCCCUCUCAGCCGGCUCCGCCCCCCGCUGCCGGCAGCUCAUUACUGACCUCCACUUUCGCCUGUGCUCCGGCCACCUCAUCGCACUCACCAGAAGUGCCCGCUCCAUCUGCACCCUCAGUCGCCCAGCACUACGUGACGGCUCCACCGGGUCCCCCGCCAACUGCGCCCGGUGCCUCCAGCGUGGCGGGCAUGACGACAGAGGUGACGGCGGCAGUAACGCACACAGUGCCUUUGGCUCCUCCUCCUCCUCCUACAAUCACCAUCGCCCCCACGCUCGGCCUGCAGCCCAGCCUCGUCAUGUCCGAUCAGAACCUGCAGUGGAUCCUCAGCAGCGCCGCCAGUGCGCAGCAAAACCCCGAACAACAGGGCCCAAAAGUAGAGAAGGUCUUUUUUACAACAGCCAUACCAGUCGGUGGACAUUCAGGGAAUGCAGUGCAGCAGAUCGGUCUGAGCCUUCCGGUGAUCAUCAUCAAGCAGGAGGAGUCCUGCCAGUGUCAGUGUGCCUGCAGAGACUCAGCUAAAGACAAGAGCGCUGCCUCCUCACUGGAGAAGUCAAAGACCACGUCGCCUCCUCCUGCUCCUCCAGUCCCCCCCGAAGAACCUCGCUCCUGCUGCCCGUCAGAACAGAGCCCCGCUCCAUCCCAACAGGACAGCCUGUCCGCUCCGGUGACCCCCAACCCUCCCACCGACGGCCUGGCCAGCAUGGAUGUCUCAGAUCUGCUCAGCCCAGAGACCACGGCCAACAUAGAGGCUCUGCUGGCGGACGAGUUCUCCAUGGCUGACGGAGGGAGCGGCAGCAGCGCCCCCUAGAUGACGCAGAGGUUCAUCUGUACCGUGUACAGAUGUGUAGCUCACAUACACCCGUACCUCUGCUAAAGGCACGCGGCUUUUCCCCGGCGUGUCUUCCGGAGGUUUAUCGUGAUUGGAACGAGUGGUUUUUGGUGCACUUUUAAGGGAGGGUAGCAGGCAGAGUAGGUUAGCUGCUUUAGCGUUUUAACCCCGCAGAAUUAUUUAAAUUUGACACUUGCUUUAUAGAGAUUCACCGUACAAAACAAGACGCGUUCGGCCCGGCCACGUGCCGUACUUGAGUUUAAACUUGAAAUCCGCUAGAUCGAUCGUGGGAAUGUUCACUGAUAUAUCCGAGACUUCAACAAUAAGGCCUUCAUCACGGUUUGUGGGUAAUGGAGUCAUCUACGCAAAGUCCUGCACAUUGAAUCAUUGAAAAAUUUUAUGAUGUGUAAUUUAUUGGAAAGGCUGCAGUGGUCAUAAUAAUGUGAUUUUUGAGAUAUUUUAUUUUACAGUUCGUCACUCUGGAUGAACUGCGAUGAACAUUUACCUGCCUUUUAAAUGUAAUUUAGAGGUUUGCUUGGCUGCCUAUAACUUACUAUUUAAUUUUAUAUAUGUUAAUUUAUUAAAAUACUCAAUUGUUGGAUAAAUGUAGCUCUAUUUCCCACCUUUUCCUUUUCUAUCUUCCCUAACUAGGCAGAUCAAUAUACUUUAAAGUGGAUCUCAUGAAGCCUGUCUAGAAAUUCUUUGGGUCAUAUUUCCCACAAUCAAAAUCAAAA